ACCCCCGGCUCCCGCCCGGGCUCCGGUUCCCGAUCCCGCUCCGGCUCCGUGCGCGGCUCCCCGGGGGUGCCGGCCCAUGGCGGGGCGCUGAGCCCCCCCGCCCCCCCCAAGCAGAGCCGGGGCCGAGCGGGUCCCGCCGCCCCCACCAUGCGCUGGGGGGGCCUGAUCCUGCUCUGCCUGCUGCGUGGGGUGCUGGGCGCGCCGGGCCCGCGGGGCGCAGGACGCCCCCCCGGGAGCUCAGUGGCGGGCGAAGGGCGGCGGAGAGCUCGGGAGACCUCGCCGGGGACCGAGGGAACCCGCAUCAGCCAGGACCUGGUGGGGGGCAGCCUGGCCAUCGACACGCUGCCGGCCAACGAGACGCGGAUCGUGGAGGACAACCACAGCUACUACGUGUCGCGGAUCUACGGGCCGGGGGACACCCGUCUGAGGGGGCUGUGGGUCGACAUGGCAGCGGCCAACAGGAGCCAAGUGAAGAUCCACGGGAUCCUCUCCAACACUCACCGGCAGGCCUCGAGAAUCAUCCUCUCCUUUGACUUCCCCUUCUACGGCCACCUCCUGCGGCAGGUCACGAUAGCGACGGGCGGUUUCAUCUUCAUGGGGGAUGUCAUCCACCGGAUGCUCACGGCCACGCAGUACAUCGCGCCCCUCAUGGCCAACUUCAACCCCAGCUACUCCCGCAACUCCACCGUCCAGUACUUGGACAACGGGACGGUUUUUGUGGUGCAGUGGGAUAAGGUCUAUCUUCAGGGGAAGGAGGACAUGGGCAGCUUCACCUUCCAGGCGGCCCUGCACAGCACCGGGAGAAUCGUCUUUGGGUACAAGGAGAUCCCCGUGCCGGUCCUACAGAUCAGUGCCACCCAGCACCCUGUGAAAGCUGGCCUCUCCGAUGCCUUCAUGAUCCUCAACCCAUCUCCCGAUGUGCCUGAGUCCCGCCGUCGGACCAUCUACGAAUACCAUCGCGUGGAGCUGGACACCAGCAAGAUCACCAACAUGUCAGCCGUGGAGUUCACCCCGCUGCCCACUUGUCUCCAGCACCAGAGCUGUGAAAUGUGUGUGACCUCGGCGCUGACCUUCAACUGCAGCUGGUGUCACGUCCUGCAGAGAUGUUCCAGCGGCUUUGACCGGUACCGUGAGGAGUGGCUGUCCUACGGCUGCGGCCAGACGUCAGACGAGAAGACCUGCGAGGAUUUAGCAGAAGGUGACCGCUAUUCAGCACCUCCUGAUGGCUCUUUCUCACCGCUGGAGGAGGAUGUCACCACCUCCCCGUCCUCGCUCUUCAUUGACAGCCUCACUACAGAAGAUGAUACGAAGCUCAAUCAGUAUGCAGGAAGUGAAGGCAUGGGAAGCGGCCUUCCUUCCAAGAAAGCAGGCGCCCCGAUUCACCCAGGUACUAUCGUGGGGAUCGUCCUGGCCGUGUUGCUCAUUGCAGCUAUUAUCCUUGCUGGAAUUUACAUCAACAGCCACCCCACCUCAAACGCCGCCCUGUUCUUCAUCGAGCGAAGGCCACAUCACUGGCCUGCCAUGAAAUUCCGAAAUCACACCAACCAUGCAACGUACGCGGAGGUGGAGCCGGCCAGCCAGGAGAAGGAGGGCUUUGUCGAAGCAGAACAGUGCUGAGCGCUUCCCCCCCUGCACCACGAACCUCCCGCGUGUCUUUGUUGGAGUCCUCUGUUAUUCUAUUGCCAAAUCUUUCCCCUCUUGGAAAAGAAACAGCAAGUAGAGGAAAAAGACCCAAUGGAGCAUUUGAAAAGAAUGAGUCAGGGCGAUGUGGGGCCGGGACUCGCCCGGAUUCCUCGCGGGACAGCAGAGCCUGGCCGUCGGCUGCGACGUUGGACUCGGCCCAGCACCGAAGCCCUGCAUGUGGUGGCAGAAAAAAGCGCAGUCCAUAGUUUUGCUUUGGCAUGGGUUUUUUGUUUUGGGGCUGGGUUUUUUUUCCCCCGCUGUGUGUGGCUGACCUCUGCCCUCCUCCACCAGGAGUCUUAACUGGGGCAGCAAAGAGGGAGGCAAAUCUCGGUACAGGCAAAAUACGCAGUUGCCUCAAGCAGCCGGCUCCUGGGGACAGCAAAAGGGUUGAGUUUUGCUGCACGCUGGCUUUGCCUGCACGCAGGAAAGUCGUGCUGGUUGCCCUUCCCCUCUCCAGGGAGAGGCUGGGUGGUUGGGGUAGGUGCUGGUGGUGGCCCAGGAGAGGUACGGGUGGCUCUCCGGGGCUCACCUCCCCUCUCCCAUCUGCUCUCCCCCGGCUCUGCCCCUUUCUCCGCUCUCCCCUUCACCUUCUUUUGGGCUGGGCAACGUUUAAUUUUGUCUUUGUGGCUGAGAAGCCUUGUGCCCUUGUCUUUCCAUACUGCAGUUGGUCUUCCACCACCAUGGCUUCAACUCCCUGCCUUCCUCUCCCUUCAAAGCAACAGCUUCCACCCCCCUGCUCCAGAGAAAGGGAAACGCGAUCUGUUCUAAGGGCAAAACCCUGCGGAGGAGUCACCUUCAGGGUGUUUGUGAGCCAGUGGCUCUGAUGCACUUUUUGGCAUCCAAUUAGUUUGCUGAAUUACUAACUCUGACCCUUACCCCCAGAGGAGACAGAGUAUGGAAAAAAAGUCUUAGAUUCCUUCAAAAUACGUCCGUGUGGCACAGCCACUAAUCCAGCAGGGACAGAGGAGGUUUUGUCGGAGGAGGGUGGGGACGGAGCACUAGCAAAGCAGUGUCCUCCCACGGGCUAAAUCCUGAUGUAAAUCCAAGCUCAUUCGUGGGCAUUUCACAUAAAUAAGGAGUGAAGGCAUACAUGCCUUGACACCGCUGAAAAUCUAAAAAUUGCCGUGUUAACAUCAUAGUUUUUAGAGUCUACUCAAGUCAGUGGAAUUUCUUCUAUUUUUUUAAAUUUCUGUUACAUCUGUGAUAGGCCCCUGGUCUGGAUUUGUAUGUAUAUUCCAGAAUCUGGCCCUCACUAAGGGCUUCGGCACUAGACCUCUCAGGGUUUUCUACUCCUUCUGUGCAAUCAGAAUUCAAGACUAAUCUGCAGAAAUACUCCACCUGACUUCCUCAGACACCAGCUGCAGGAUUGGGCCCUAAGCUGAGGAUACCGAGUUAAACUGAGGAAAGCUUGUAUAAAAAAACCAAGAGAGUCCAAAGUCCAGUGUAAGGUAAAGUUUUCCUUCCCCCACCAAAAAGGUGUUAGUUGUAUGGGGCUUUUUUUUUUUUUUUAAAUUUUCUCUUGAUCCUCAGUUAUUUAUUCUGAUAAUCAUGUUUAGUGCAUAUUUUAUCCACUGGCUGGUUCAGCUGUCACUGAUGGUGAUUACUGCCAAAGGCAGGGUCUGUCUAAUUAAUGUUUUCCUUCUCAUCUGCUGAAUUUAUAUAGCCAUUAAAGAUAAAUAUGGAUGCUUUGUGGCA